AACGACAUCGUGAGAAACACACAUAAUAUUAAUUCAUAUAUUAAUUAAGUGAAAAUAAGUUAUAUAAUAUAUUAUAGUUGUAAUUUGUAUUAAUAUGAAAUAAAAAAUAAAAAAUAAAACAUGUUUAACAAAAUUAGUUUUUUAGUUUUAAUAUUUUUAGCAAUACAUUGUAGUCAAUGUAUUGACGAUUCAAACAAACGUCUAGACUGUUAUCUGGAAAACGACUUUGACCUAACAAAAAGCGAAUGUGAACAAAGAGGUUGUGUUUGGGUCCCGAAAUUUGACGACGAAUCGGACGACAAUACAGUACCGCAAUGUUAUCUAAAUACCGACAAAAUUGGUUAUACCGUUCAGGGAAAGCCUACGAAAAACGGCAUUCGGCUUAGAGGCAGACCUGGCACUCAAGGAUACGGCCAAACAGUUGCUAAAAUCAAUGCCACAAAUUGAAAAAUUGAAACUACAGGUUACGUAUCUGACCGAUAACAUUGUCCGAUUCAGGAUUACCGAUCCGGCCAACAAACGAUAUGAGGUACCGGUGCAACAUACCUUUCCAUUGUUGAUGGAAAGAAGGGCCGCCAUUGUCGAUGAAAACUCUACCAAAUAUGCCAUUGAAUUGAAUGAAAAGUCCAAUAACUUUGACUUUGCGGUCGUCAGGAAAGAUACUAAAACGAGACUCAUUGACACAUCUGUCGGUGGUCUCAUAUUUGCCGAUCAAUUGCUACAAAUAGCCACAUAUUUGCCGACAAAAAAUAUCUACGGCUUCGGCGAGAAUAUGCACAGACAGCUCAAGAAUGACAUCAACUAUAAGACAUGGAAUUUAUUCUCCAGAGGGGAACCACCGGAAAAGGAUAUUAUAAAUCUCUAUGGCGUUCAUCCAUACUAUACGGGUCUGGAAAAAGACGGCAAAUCGCAUGGCGUACUGUUCCUCAGCAGCAAUGCUAUGGAGUACACCCUAAUGCCAGAGCCGGCCCUAUCACUCAAGUCAUUAGGCGGUGUUUUUGACUUUUUUGUGUUUGUCGGCGACAAUCCCGAACACGUGCAACAAUUAUACGCUCAACUCAUAGGACGUCCUUUUUUGCCACCAUUCUGGUCACUGGGCUAUCAAUUGACACGCUAUGGCUUCAAGAAUACCGAAAAUGUUAGACAAAUGUAUGAAAGAAAUGUCGCCGCAAACAUACCAUUGGAUGUAGCCUAUAUGGACAUCGACUAUAUGGAUAAAUUUGAAGACUUUACCUACGAUAAGGAUAAUUUUAAGGGACUGCCAGAACUGAUAUCGACGCUGAAGACAAAAUACAAUAUUCAUACGACUUUGAUGUUGGAUCCGGCCAUUGAAGCUAAUAAUACCAAAUACUAUCCGUUUCUCGAUGGCUACAAUCAGGACGUAUUCAUUAAAUACUCGCCAUCCAUACCGGUCUCCGAGCGUAACAAUCCGUUAAACGUGCCGAUAGAUAAAGAUUACUUUUACGGUGUUGUAUGGCCACGAGGRCCGGCAGCUUUUCCCGAUUUUUUCAAGAAUCGYACAGCUGUUUGGUGGCAAAAAUGGAUGAACGAUAUGUACACUACAUUGGAYCUUAAGUUUGACGCCAUUUGGAUCGACAUGAAUGAACCGUAUAAUUUUGGUCCCGACGCCAGUGAUCCCGAAACAUACUGUCCAGAAAAUAAAUACGAUAUGCCAUCAAUAAGGAUACAGAGYAUAUAUGGCAAUGGAAACGUUACACAUUUGGGUCAAAAAACAGUGUGUAUGUGUACUGUCCAGGGUGAAAAUGAUGAAUAUCUUAACUAUGAUGUCCACUCUCUAUAUGGUUACAGUGAGAGUGUAGUCACACAAAAGGCUGUCCGUGCCAUUACUGGCAAACGUAGUUUCAUACUSUCCCGGUCCACAUAUGUCUCGUCCGGUCGUUAUACAGCUCACUGGUUGGGCGAUAAUACCAGCGACUGGCCAUUUAUGAGCGACUCCAUUGUCGGCAUACUUGAGUUCAAUUUGUUUGGCAUACCUUUUAUCGGUGCCGACACMUGUGGUUUCUUUCAUAACGCUACCGCCCAACURUGCCGCCGAUGGUCACAAUUGGGAGCUUUCUAUCCAUUUAGCCGAAAUCACGCUGAAAUUCAUGCACAGGAUCAAGACCCGGCUGUAUGGACAUCGCGCGGCAAUCCGGAGGUCACCGAAGCGGCCCGUAAUUCGCUGAAUCAUCGGUACACUCUGUUGCCCUAUCUGUACACUCUGUUCUACAGAGCCCACACCAUCGGACAAACAGUGGCCCGACCCGUGUUUCACGAGUUCGCCAACGACACCAACACCUAUGCYAUUGACAAACAGUUUAUGUGGGGUCGCUCUGUCCUAAUAUCGCCGAUCUUAGAGGAAAACAAGUCGGCAGUGACGGCAUAUUUGCCACCGAGUGAUAAYUGGUUUGAGAGUUGGCCKCAAAUUACAAAAGUGCCSAAAACUGGUUUCUUGAAUAUUACUGACAAAAAGUACGAAACAGGACCACCGCCCGUCCACUUUAGAGGCGGUUCAAUAAUACCGAUGAGCGCCGUUAGCAAACACAACAACACAGUUACAGUACGUCAGGCGCCCAUCAACUUGAUUGUAUUGCCCGUCGGUAAUAACAACAAUACCUUUUUAGCAACCGGUGACCUGUUUUGGGACGACGGAGACUCUAUUGAUACGGUCGAAAAAAAUCUGUACAACUAUUGGGAGUUUCAACUGUUGCCUAACUGUACCGUAUUUAUUAAUCCCAUGAAAAAGGGUUAUUCCAGUUCACCGGUAAUCAAGGAAAUACAAGUGUACGACACAAACGGUUCGGCCAUCAAGGCUACAGUCGACGGCAAAGCUAUCGACGCCCGACAAGAACCGUCGGGUUAUACGCGAUUGGCUGUCAAUAUUGACCUAAACGCUAAGGAACCGUCCUAUAAAUGGAUAGUUAGUUGGGGAAAGUCGGACAAUAAGUGUAACCUAAACUAACUAAAAAAAAGUAAAACCUUUUAAUAAGUAUUAAACAAAAA